GAUGCAAAUGUUUCAAAUUUAAAUAUUUUACUUUGGUGGCAUUUACAGUUUGAAACAUUUUGAAUUCAUCAUGUAUAGCAAGCGUCAUUUUCAAUAUUUUCAAACUCAUACUCGAGUGCAGAUAAAAAGCACGUAGCUCAGAGAGCAGGGCAUCUCUAAUGUGCCGUUGGCAGAUAGUCUUAUCCUCUGCUCGCACAGGCCACGCGGUGAUCACAUGACUCACAAUGCUUCCUGAGCUCUAACUGAUCAAUAGAAAUAGUCUAAAACACAGGAAAAACUAGCCGUGCCUGUUUUAGUGCACCAAAAUAUUUGCGAGAAAAAACUAUAGUGGAUGUACGUCUCAGCUUAAAGCCAGGAUGAUUAUUACGCUUCUGCACUUCUUGCUGUCAAUCGUAUGCUAAAAGGAUGCUCUUUGCUUUAGGACUGGCCCUUCUCUUGUGCUCUCUCUUUGCACACGUCAAUGCCCAGGCCUGCUGGUGCAAGACUUCACCGUCCCGAGGUCUGACGCUCAACUGCAGCUCUCAGGGCCUGAGGACCAUCCCUCAUCUUCCUGCAGAAAUCACGGAACUCCUGCUGCAGGAUAACCUCUUGACCACCGUGACCCCUGGGCAUUUAGAUGGGCUCCAGCACCUGCAGCUGGUCAACUUUUCCGGGAACCCCUUCCACUGCGACUGCAGCAUCCAGUACUUAACACAAUGGCUACAGAGGAAUAAAGCCGUGUCUGUGAUGCCACUGUGUACCAGUCCAGCAGAACUAGCCCAGAGGUCCAUCCAUGAACUCACUGAUGCUGAUUUCAUGUCCUGCGUCUCUGAUCACUGCUUUGGCUGGCUUUAUAAUGCCAUCUUAUGCGUCAUGCUAUGCUUUCUCAUUGGUUUGCUGCUGUGGUGUGUGCAGCUUGCAAGAAACUCUACGUUUAUUCUGGGAAUUGAUGAGAGACACACAGGCUUUGAGGCAGAAUCUCUUCGAUCGCUUAAACCCAAGCACAGAGUGAGGGUGAGGUACAGCAUUGGGUCACUGAGCCCAGGGACCGAUGACAUGGACAAGCCUUUGUUCAACAUGGACAUCCUCCCUCAAAUACUGGACGUCCUGAACAAGCAGCACAACAUCAAGAUUAAAGUACCAUGAAAAACUA